CCCUAUACAGUGCAAUGAACUUUCUUGAUGUGUAAAUGUACUGUCGAACAAUAUUUUCUUAGAUUUGACCUUUUACUUCCGGUGGUUGAAAACGUGAGACCAAAAGCAAGGACAUGGACGAAUAUGCCAGGGAUCCAUGUCCCUGGAGAAUUGUAGAUGACUGUGGUGGAGCCUUUUCUAUGGGUUGUAUUGGUGGAGGUAUCUUUCAUGGUAUUAAAGGAAUGAGAAAUGCACCAAAGGGAACAUACAGACGCUUAGCUGGAAGUUUUUUAACAUUAAGACAAAGAGCUCCAAUUACUGGAGGAAAUUUUGCUGUGUGGGGUGGUUUAUUCUCUGCCAUUGACUGCUCUUUAGUAUACAUCAGGAAAAAGGAAGAUCCCUGGAAUUCCAUAACAAGUGGUGCCUUAACAGGGGCAAUAUUAUCAGUUAGACAUGGAGCUGGAGCAAUGUUAGGAUCUGCAGUUGUUGGUGGAGUAUUACUAGCUGUGAUUGAAGGAUUGGGUAUUAUGUUUACACGGUAUUCAGCAGAACAAUUUAAUGCAGGUUAUGGUAACAGUUCACAAGGUUAACCAGUACUUAUCAUGCAGUUGUUUCAAGCCAAUAUGAUGCAGGAAGAUCCCAACGCCUCAGCUUCAGCAGGUGUUUCCCCCAUGUUUGGACAACAACAAAAUAGUUACCAAUGACAAAAAAAGGAUUCAUGAAUCUCCAGCCAUCUUAUCAUUUGACUUAGUUAUUUAUUUCAUUCUCUGGAGGCUCAUGGAUAGAUUUUGUAUACUGGAUAUUAUUUCCAUGGGCUUGUUAAUACAGAUAUAAUUUUCAGCCUAUGUUCUUGUGUUAACACCUUGAUAUGGACACAAUUUUCAGCCUAUGUACUUGUGUUAACACAUUAAUAUGGACACUAUUUUCAGCCUGUGUACAAAUAUGUUAACACAUAAUGUAAUGUGUUUUUUUUUAAUCGGACAUCUGCACGAGUUAAGACAGAUGGUGUAACAGACUCAAGUGAAUCUGUCUAUUGGAUUUGUACAACAAUAACAUUUGUUUAUGUCUUUUGAGUAAUUGUUUUUGUGAUAUUUGUAGUUUUAUUAUAUGAGUACUUUGAUAUACAGUUCUGCUUUAAUCAAAGUUUUAGAACUGUAUCUAUACAUAAUCAUGUUUUUAUUUACUUGCCCCAUGGAGAUAUUUUAUAAACUUGAAAGAUUUCAAAGUUACUGACCUGAAAUGUAUUUUGUUGUUAAAUAUUGUUUAUGGAAUAAUUUCUUUUGUCGAAGAAAUCACCAAAAAAUGUUUGAUAUAAAAUAUUAGAGAAA